AUGGCGGGGGCUGCUGCUGCUGGGGCCCCCCAAGGCCAGCCAGCCGUGCUGUGCCCUUUACUGUUCCCUUUAGGUGGUACUCUGGAUGAGGCAACCAGAAAAGAACUUUGCACAGAUACUUUCUGUAAAGUGUGUGGAGCUGUCCUGCAGUUUGAAUCUCAAAGAGUUUCACACUACGAGGGGAAAAGACAUGCUCAGAAAGUUCGACUUUAUUUACAAAUGCACAGUGAACAAGAGGAAGAGCAAGAACCUGGAAAGCAGAAGAGGCAAUUUGUGAAUGUCCAGACGGACGCAAAUGUGGACAAAAACACCUCCUGCAGGCUCUGCAGCAUGACCUUCACCUCCCCUGUUGUGGCUCAGUCGCACUACCUGGGCAAGAUCCAUGCCAAGAAGCUGAAGCAGCUUGCAGCUGAGCAGGCUCAGCACUCCGCCCAGACCACUCCGCCAAAAGCUGGUAACUCAGCAGUUCCAGAGUUGGGCCAUGAGAAGACUUCACCGGAUACUGAUGCUGAAGACCCAUCUGUCUCCUCUAGUGCUCCUGUCAGUUCAGAAAACCCAGAGAAAUAUUGCAAGCUUUGCCUAGCAUCCUUCAACAAUCCACUCAUGGCCCAUCAGCACUAUGUGGGCAAGAAGCACAAACGAAACGAAGCACGUAAGAAACUGAUGGCUGAGAUGGGGCCUGAGGCUCUCCCUGGGGAAUCUGAGGCCAGUGCCAUUGGGGCUGGCAACUAUAUUUGCCCCAUUUGUAGCAUCAGCCUUACAUCCAUAGAAAUGUACCAGUCUCACAUGAAGGGAAAUAAGCAUCAAAUGAAAGAAGCCAUGAUCAUCAGUCUGAUGAAGAAAGCCAAGAAAACGUAUCACUCCUUCCAGGAUGAACUGGCAGAUUACAUUAAAGUGCAAAAAGCAAGAGGGUUGGAACCAAAAACUAAUUUUAGAAAGCUGGAGGAGGAAUUCCAAAGGGGGGGAGAGUUGGAAGCCGUAAGUGGUCAGGAGGCAACCAUGGCAUUUGACCAAGACCCGUUUUCACACGAUACAUAUGAACCAGACCAGCAUUCCGGUUUUUUCUCAGGCCCCUGUGCUCCUUCACCCACUGUGGAAAAGAGACGCUGGCCAUGCUGGUCCGGUCCAGGGAAACUAGCGAAUGCGCCUCUCUCUCUGUCGAGUGUAGAACCUUGUUCAGAAAGGCAAGGGUCGCAGUUGACCACCUGCAAAUGUGAUGAUAAUGACUGGUCAUCUGAUGAAAGUCUCACGUUUUCAGACAGGAGCCCAAGCUAUUCCAGGGGGAAUCAAAAGACCAAGAAAGAAUAUAUUGGCGAUAGAGAAGAGCACCCUUGCCAGCAGCUUCCAAAGCCCAAAAGGAAACGGGACUGCCAAGAAGAGAUGCAUUUGAGUGAAGGCAGUGCAAAGCAGAAGCAAAGGCAAGUUACUGCAGAUUCAGCCACUGAGUGGAAAUCAAAGCACGGUAAAAACAAGGGAAAUAAAGACAGUUUUUCUGAAAAGGAAAGUAGAAAACACAGGAAGGAGAAAAAGAAGGGCAAAGUCAGCGGACCAACAGAUGAGGAGACCCUGUGGAAUGAGUCAGUCUUAGGAUUCUGAGCUUUUUCUGAUUGUGUUCAUUUGUAGCCCAAACUAAGGCACAUUUCUGUGUUUGAAUUACUGAUUAUUCUAAUUGGUCCUUCAGAAAUAAGAGGUCUCUCAUAUUCCUCACCCCAUUAUUUGAACUGAAAUACUAAAGCCAGUAGUUUGCAGCACUGCUGGUGUGUCACAAAGCAUACUGCAGAGUUAGCAUUUUACCAUCAUUUUAAAAUGCGCAUGAUGCACUGCAAGCUUUAAAAAAUUACUAUGAAGAGGGAGGAGUUGGGCCUGUUCUAGUUCUUGUUUACAGUUGUUUUCUUAUUCAGUCUGACAAUAAAAAAAUGAGAUAUAGGUAAAAA